UAGAUAAGAUAAUACGACAUUUCAACAGUAAGCCACUUGCAUUCGAACCAACAAAAUAAAAUGAACAUAAUUACCUAAACAAAUAUUAAAAUGAAAAUUAGUGAAAUGUUCGUGUUUUUCUUUUCAAUCUUCUUAUCACUUUUGAACAUAUCAAUCCAAAUUUAUGUGCCAGACAAUAAUCAAAACCACAAACCCAUAACUUAUACCUCGGGAAUAAAAACUACUUCAUAUCACAAACCUCAAAUUCAGGUACACCACAAUUACAGUCGAGUUUAUCACCAAAACUAUGACUACUCCCGAAGAUACUCUGAUAGUGACGAAACGUCGCAAAGGCCAUAUCCAGUCUACAACGGGCAUACAUACGGCGCACGACCAACAAAUGAACAACUAAACCAAAUCUAUGUACUUAACGGUACCAGAAUCCGCAAAAAUGAAAAUCCAACACGUCAAAUAGUCAACUACAACAAGCAAAAACGCACCCCAAAAGUCGAAAUUUAUAAAGCUUGUCCUAGGAAUGCUACAGGACAGUUCGUCUACGAAGCCUCCUGCAAUCAAUUUCUCAACUGUUGGAAAGGACGAGGAUAUGUCCAAAAUUGCGCCCCUGGGACACUUUUCAAUCCGAAAACUUUAGAGUGUGACUUUCCUGAAAAAGUGUAUUGUAUUAGUGGCCCUCGUCAGUCGAUUUUAAAAUCAGCAAAAGUCAUAAAACAAGUUGGUUGCCCCAAGGAAUUUUCCGGAUUGAUUCCCAAUUACACUGAUUGUUCUAAAUUUAUUAAUUGUGUGAGUGGAAUCGAGAAUUUCAUGGAUUGUCCCCCAGGUACACUUUUUGACAUUAAUAAAAAUAUAUGUGAUUUUCCAUACAAAGCGACUUGUUUCAAUGGAGAAAAUCAAAAGUACAAUCACCAAGAAAUCAACAGCAAGCUUGAUUUUAGUAAAAAGAGUUCCAAAUAUACACAAACAGGACAACUGUCUUAUCGUCAGAAUGAAGUAAAGUGUCCUUAUGGUUCCGAUGGGAUUCAUCCCCAUCCCACUGAUUGUUCAAAGUUUCUCAAUUGUGCAAAUGGAAUAACUUAUGUUCAAGAUUGCUCCCCGGGUACACUUUUUAAUCCGUUGUUAAAAAUAUGCGAUUUUCCAUACAAUGUUAGAUGCCAAAAUGUUACCAAUUCUGGGAUUACUGUCAUAGACUAUGAUGCAGGGUACUAUAGAGGUAAUCAAUCAAGCAUACAGACUUAUGGUUCGAUUGAUAACCAACAAGAGACAAGUAGGGAUAGGACUUAUGGACAAUACGAUCAAGAUCGAAACUGGCAAAGAGGUGAUUCCUCUCGAUAUCAUGGUGGUACUUCUAGCAAUAGAAGACCAGGAACGUAUUCGGUUCCAACCUAUGGAAGUACUUAUUACAACAGGGAGACAAGUGGUCAAAACACGGACUAUUAUGGACCAACUAAUCAAUAUGAAUCUGGUACUGAUUAUUAUGAUGGUACUACACUUCCAUUUAAUCAACCAAACUACUACAGCAGUUCCACAGAUCGGUAUAGAAACACUCAAUACAAUAGAGGCUCAGAAUAUUAUGGUACCAAACAGCAAGGAACGGUUGGAGGUUUAUAUACCAACACACAAAAUACAGGAUUGCAUCGACCAAAUCAGUACCAUUCUGUAACAGGUGGACAAAAUCAAAAUUCAUACGGAGUUUCCUCGGAAUCGUAUAGACCAAUACCAUAUGGGCAGAACCAUAAUUCAUACGGAGUUUCUUCAUCAUUCAGACCAAAUCAGUACCCCAAUGGACAAUAUGAGCACGAUUCUACAGUUUAUGAUGGUUCUACUAUUAGAAAUGGUAAUGCUUGGGCGCAAAAUGGAUACUCUACAGAUUAUGAAAGUUCCACUGUUAGAAAUGGUUGGGGACAAAAUGGAUACGAUUCUACGGUUUACGAAGGUUCUACGGAUGUUAAUGGUAAUGAUUGGGGACAAAAUGGACAAUUUGGUCAACAAGGCGUAUAUGGUACUACUUCAAAUAAUCGAAGAAAUCAGUAUGGUAGUACUUAUGGUACAGUUCAAAACUACAACAACAAGGGUUCCACAAGUACUUACAAUCAAAAUAGAUGGGACCGUCCAAGACCAUAUUCCACGAGUCAAAGUUCAUGGUACAACCAAGAGUCAGACCCUACUUAUCCUUCCCCAACCAUUGAUCAACGACCAGAGACAUACAACGUUAACAGCAAUCAAAAUUCAAAUAAUUAUCGUGGAACCAUUGAAUCAAAUAGAGACCAAGAUUCUCACUACAAUAAGAAUUUUAAUAAUUAUCGUGGAAGCACUGGAACCGUUAGACAACCAGAUCCCAUUUACAUCUCACCAACCAGUGACCAAAAACCGUCAACAUACAAUUCCAACAAUCAAAGAGAAACUUGGUAUCAACAAAACCGGAACGAUCUCGAUGACGAAACCAACACUCCUAAUUAUGACCAAGUGGUUAACAUCAAUCAAGUCCGAAAAACCACCCGGGUUCCAUUUCGAAACUCCUACGAACCGUUUUUUGGAUCCACCACUUACAAGCCACGUUAUAGUCCCUCCCAAAACGAGUUUAAUGAUUAUGAUGAUACUUUUGGUGUUGGUCAUAGUAAUAAAUAUACAAGAGCUACAACACCAAAAAUCUUAGAGAAGAAUUGGCCACCACCGUUUCCCUCAACAGACGUAAAUGCCGACUAUGUAUUUGAAGACGACGAUGAUGGUGAAGUGACACUAGAAGCAGAAAAUUCGAUCAAAAAUGGCCCUUCUAGAGACGGUGAUUGUCGCAAAAGUGAUUUUCGUUGUUCUGCUAGUACGUGUAUUCCCAAAACUUUGGUUUGUAAUGGAUUUAAAGAUUGUCCUGAUGGUACUGAUGAAAUCGACUGUCUUGACUACAUCUCGAAAUUUUCCAAAAAAGAAAGAAGCAAACUUGCGGUACUUGAAAAGGAAAGAUGGGACAAUGUCAGUGUUGCGACUUGUGCACUGUUGUGUGUGCAAUCAAAAGAGCAUCAUUGCAGGUCUUUCAAUUACAGAAAAAUCGAUAAAACCUGUUUCCUCACCAACACCAACGAAGGUUUAACAGGCGCCCUAAUUUUGUAUUAUCCCUUCGAUUACUACGAACUAAUCAGUGAAAAAAUCAACUGCAGCGGGAUGUAUAUUUGCAACAACAAGAAGUGUAUAAUUCGAGAAAAACUCUGUGAUGGUCAUGACGAUUGUGGCGAUCGAAUGGAUGAGAAAGGAUGCAAGUCGGAGGACUUUGGUUACAGUAUUAAACUGACAGGGUCGAAAAAUAAAAAUGAAGGGCAAAUUGAAGUAACGGCUUUUGGAAGAACGGGAUAUGUUUGUGAUGAUAAAUUUGGAUUGAGGGAUGCUAAUGUUGUGUGUAAAGAGUUGGGUUUUUAUUUAGGGGCCGCUGAAGUUAAGGGAAACUCAUUUUACUCGAAAAAUAUGACGGGGAAACCGUUUUAUAUGAUGGAUGAUGUUAGUUGUGUGGGAAAUGAGACCAAGUUAAUGGAUUGUGACUUCAGUGGAUGGGGUGUUCACAACUGUUUAGAACAAGAGACAGUGGGAAUAGUUUGCAAAACUCCCCAAGAAAAAUGCUCUGACGACUAUUGGCAAUGCGAUACCGGCCAAGAAUGUCUUCCUCUGGCUUUUGUCUGCGACGGAUUGCUUGACUGUACAGAUGGCUCAGACGAAGGAAGUCAACACUGUGAUGCUCCAACCGAAAUCCGUCUUGUCAAUGGGACAAAUCGCCAACAAGGUCGUGUCGAAAUCCGCCACCACGGCAUUUGGGGCACCAUCUGUGACGACGACUUUAAUGAGGACGCCGCCAAAGUCGUUUGCAAACGUUUGGGCUUCAGGGGGUCAGUCGUUGUGAAAAAAGAUGGCUAUUUCGGAGCCGGGACUGGGCCGAUCUGGUUGGAUCAAGUGAUUUGCUCUGGAAAUGAGUCCAGCAUCGAAAAUUGCACCCAUUGGAAUUGGGGAGAGCACAACUGCGAACACAGUGAAGAUGUGGGGGUUAUUUGCAGCAAUUUUUACGAACAUGAACGACAUUCAAUGAUCCCGAUACCUACCAUACAACAAACAUAUCCUGAUAGAUGUGGAUAUCGUAAAAACAACAUCUUUAACCAAAACGAUGACGUCCAUUUCCGCGUAGUUCGCGGAUCCAUGGCCCAAAGGGGUGACUAUCCCUGGCAGGCUGCUAUCCGAGUCAAAGGCAAAACCAAAGCCGCCCAUUGGUGCGGUGCUGUCAUUAUUUCCGAGAAGUUUGUCCUAACGGCCGCCCAUUGCCUCAUCGGGUACUCCAAAGGGGCCUACGUGGUGGUCGCCGGCGACUACAACGUCGACGAAUAUGAAGGAACAGAACAAGAAGCCUACAUCGAAGAUUAUUACCUCCACGAAAAUUUCCGUCAAGGGCAUAAGAUGAACAAUGACAUUGCACUGAUCAAGUUGAAAGGCCGUGGAUUCAGGCUGAACGAUGACGUUCAAGCUAUUUGUUUACCAGACUCCGACACGAAUUAUGAGACUGAUUUGAACUGUACCAUCUCUGGUUACGGGUCAAUAGAAAGUGGAAAAUCUGCGUUUUCGCAUAAUUUAAGAGCUGGGUGGGUACCACUGCAAAAACGAGAAAUUUGUACUAUGCCACACGUUUAUGGGGAUGCUUUGACCGAAGGGAUGAUUUGUGCCGGGUCCUUAGAUGAAGGAAUUGAUUCGUGUGAUGGUGAUAGUGGAGGGCCUUUAGCUUGCUUAUAUGAUGGUGUUUUUACUUUAUAUGGAAUCACGUCAUGGGGGCAGCAUUGCGGCUACGCUAAUAAACCUGGAGUCUACGUCAAAAUAGCGCACUACAAAAGGUGGAUUGAUGAGAAUUUCCACAAGCAUUCAUUAAAUUAACUUAGCAAUGCUUAUCAUGUAAUAUUGGUACCUACGGUAAAGUAGGUGAAGAAUAACUGAUAAGAAUAAUUAUUGUUUUGGACGUAUAACAAUUGGUAUUGUAAAUAAAUGAAAAUUCAAGACAAAGUUCCCUAA